AUGUCCGGUAAAAACGCGGAUUCCGGCGUCUUCCAGGAGGCCGGUUACGCGCGUUGCCUCCGCAGGAGCUGCCUGGGCAGCUGGAUUCGGGCCUUGGCGCUGCGUGUCUCCGAGUGCCGCUUGGCUGGUGGUAAAGCUGGAAAGGACAGCGGGAAGGCCAAGGCGAAGGCGGUUUCGCGCUCCCAGAGGGCUGGGCUGCAGGUGCUGGAGCUGGCAGGCAACGCCUCCAAGGACCUCAAAGUCAAGCGCAUCACCCCCCGCCACCUGCAGCUCGCCAUCCGCGGCGACGAGGAGUUGGACUCGCUCAUUAAAGCCACCAUCGCCGGAGGAGGUGUCAUCCCUCACAUCCACAAGUCUCUGAUUGGAAAGAAGGGACAGCAAAAAACUGCAUAGAGUGGAGUUUCACCCAACCCCCUUCCUCCCUGUCAUCGUACUGUAACUGGGGCAGAAGACAUGCUGGGGAUACGUGGAAUUUUUUAAGGAAAUAGUCAAAUGGAAGAACAUAGGCAAUUGACUGUAGACAGGAGCAAACCAUUUGUAUGUUCUUUAGAUUCAAAGUUUGA